AUGUCUCAAGUCUAUUUUGAUAUUUCCGCCGAUGGCGCCAAGUUAGGUAGAGUUACCUUCAAGUUAUACAACGAUGUUGUCCCAAAGACCGCUGAAAACUUCAGAGCUUUAUGUACCGGUGAAAAGGGAUUUGGAUACGCUAGCUCUACUUUCCACAGAGUUAUCCCACAAUUUAUGUUGCAAGGUGGUGACUUCACUAGAGGUAACGGUACCGGUGGUAAGUCUAUCUACGGUGAAAAGUUUGGUGACGAAAACUUCACCAAGAAGCACGAAAAACCAGGUUUAUUAUCCAUGGCUAACGCCGGACCAAACACCAACGGUUCUCAAUUCUUCAUUACCACUGUUGCAUGCCCAUGGUUAGACGGUAAGCACGUCGUUUUCGGUGAAGUUGUCGAUGGUUUCGACAUUGUCAAGAAGGUCGAAUCCUUCGGUUCUGGUUCUGGUGCUACCAAGGCUAGAAUUGCUAUCGAUGCCUCCGGUGAAUUGUAA